AUGUUGAAUUAUCCAUUCAUAUUUUCACAGAAAGAUUCUCCAGAAGAAAAUGCCAAUAUUUUCUCACGACUGACUUUUUAUUGGAUGACACCACUAAUGAAAUUGGGUCAUGAAAAAUAUUUAGUUCUUUCUGACUUAUGGAAUUUAAAUUCUGAAGAUCGAUCAAAAACGAUUUCCACAGGAUUUGAAGCUGUCUGGAAAAAAGAACUAUCGAAAAAAAAUCCUUCUCUAUUUAAGGCUCUCGUUAUCUCAUUCGGUGGACCAUUUGCCUUUGCUGCGUUCUUCAAAGCUAUUCAGGAUAUGUUAAAUUUUGUGCAACCUCAAUUAUUGAAGCAAAUUAUGAUCUUUGUAAGCCAACAAGAUGAUGAUGAGGACAAACCUUCUGCGUUAUGGGGUUACUCUAUUGCUGCAAUGAUGUUUUUGACUGCAAUUCUUCAAACUAUGUUUUUACAUCAGUAUUUCCAUCUAUGUGCAGUGUCUGGAAUGAGGACACGUGCUGGAUUGAUAACCAUAAUUUACAAAAAAGCCAUUCGUCUUUCAAAUAGUGCGCGUCAAGGUUCAACAAUUGGUGAAAUUGUCAAUCAUAUGAGUGUUGAUACUCAAAAAAAUCGUGGAUUUGACCAUGUACUUACACAUCGCAUGAAUGAAAUUCUUAAUGGCAUCAAAGUUAUCAAACUUUAUGCUUGGGAGUCUGCCUUUUUAAAAAGGAUCUUUGAAGUAAGACAUGAUAGAGAACUUAGUACCCUUAAAAAACUUGGUUAUUUAGCUUCCGUGCAGAGUUUUACUUGGGCUGCUACGGUGAGCUCAUUUUUUUAUCUUCAUUCCGAAGUUGUAUUUGUAGCUUUGGCGUUAUUCAAUCUGCUCCAAUUUCCACUUGCAUUAUUUCCAAUUGUAAUUGCUUCUAUUGUCGAAGCGGCCGUUGCUAUUGGCAGAAUUAGGAAAUUUUUAAGUGCCGAAGAACUGAAUCCUAAUGCUAUAACUCGCGAGCCAUAUAUAGAUUCAAGCCAUCCGAAAAAUGGUGACAAAGAUGGCGUUGAAUUAAUAUCUGUUAAGAAUGGGACUUUUAAAUGGUCACAAAAUUCCUCGACACCAGUUUUAGAAGAUAUUAAUUUUAGCGUUAGAAAAGGUGAACUAGUAGCUAUUGUUGGUUCCGGUAAAUCUUCAUUAUUAUCCGCUCUCUUAGGUGAAAUGGAAAAAAUAUCCGGUGAGGUUACUGUUCGUGGGUAUACUGCUUAUGCGCCACAAUCAGAUAACAUUACUUUUGGACUUCCAUACGAUCCCACAUUUUAUGAAGAGGUCAUUGAAGCAUGUAGUUUGAAGCCUGAUAUAGAAAUCUUGCCAGGUGGAGAUUUAACAGAAAUAGGUGAAAAGGGAAUUAAUCUUUCUGGUGGACAAAAGGCUAGAAUAUCGCUUGCUCGUGCAGUUUACGCGCGUGCUGAUCUCUAUUUGUUCGAUGAUCCCUUAUCUGCUGUUGAUGCACAUGUUGGAAAACACAUAUUUGAUAAUGUUAUUGGUCCAACUGGACUUCUUCGGACAAAAGCUCGGGUGUUUGUUACUAAUGGAAUACAUUUUCUUUCUCGCACGAAUUCUCUUAUCAUGUUGCGGGAAGGAAAAAUUGUUGAACAAGGACAUUUUGAUAGUUUAAUGAAACAAAAACAGGAUUUACACAACUUAAUUAUUGAGUAUGGUCAACAAUCUCCUGAAGAUGAUGAGGAUAUACAAAGUCCAUCUUUAGUAGAAACUUACGAAAUUGACGAGGCAAAUGUUGACUACCGAAAUGAAGAAAUUUCUCGAAGUCCACGAGAAAGACGGGUUAGUGUUAUGAGUUUACGUCGACGACCUUCUCUUCUUACUACUGUUACUACUGCUAGCAAAGCUGACGUUGAACAUGGAAAGGAUACUCUUAUUCUAAGCGAAGACAUUAUCAAAGGCAAAGUUUCAUGGGAUGAAACUUUGGGAGGUGUAACUACUAUUCGUGCUUAUCAACAAUCUAAAAGAUUCAUUGUUGAAAAUGAGAUUCGAUUGGACGAAAAUCAAAAAGCCUAUUAUCCAUCUUUAUCUUGUAAUAGAUGGUUAGCUAUUCGAUUAGAAUUUUUAGGGUCUUUGAUUAUUUUUAGUGCAUCACUUUUGGCCGUUAUUUCGUCCGUUACCUCCAAUAAUAUUGAUGCUGGACUUGUUGGUUUGUCAUUAUCUUAUGCGCUCAGUGUUACACAAGCCUUGAAUUGGGUGGUUCGACAAUUUUGUGAAAUAGAGACAAACAUUGUAUCAGUGGAAAGAGCAAAAGAGUAUAUUGAUUUACCUAAUGAAGCACCUUCAGUCGUAGAUCUUUAUCGUCCUUCACCCACGUGGCCCCAAAAUGGGUUAAUUGAAUAUAAAGAUUAUUCGACUCGGUAUAGAACUGGCCUUGAACUAGUGUUGAAGGGAGUAUCAUUCGUGGUAAAACCAAGAGAAAAAAUUGGAAUAGUUGGAAGAACAGGAGCUGGAAAGUCUAGUUUGACAUUAAGUUUAUUCAGAUUAAUAGAGGCGGCUGGUGGUACUAUUAUUGUGGACGGUAUGGAUAUAUCAAAAAUGGGGUUAUAUGAUCUUCGUUCACGCCUUACCAUCAUUCCUCAAGAUCCAACUCUCUUUGAAGGAACAGUCCUAUUUAAUCUUGAUCCAUUCACAACACGCGACGAUGUGGAGAUUUGGCAAGCUCUUCAAAGUGCACAUUUGAAAGAUUACAUUUCUCAAUUAGAUGGUAAACUACAAGCUAAAGUUAUAGAGGGUGGAGAUAAUUUUAGUCAAGGACAAAGACAACUUCUAUGUUUAGCAAGGGCAUUAUUACGGAGGUCACCUGUUAUUGUGUUGGAUGAAGCUACUGCAAGCGUUGAUGUUGAAACGGAUGCUAAAAUACAAAAAACUAUUCGAACUGAAUUUAAUUGGGCAACAUUAUUAUGUAUUGCUCAUAGACUAAGAACAAUAAUAGACUACGAUAGGGUUUUGGUUCUUGAUCGGGGAAAAGUGGCAGAAUUUGAUACACCAUACAAUUUGCUUCAAAAUAAAAAUAGUGUGUUCCGACAUUUAUGUGAAGAAAGCAAUGAAUUUGAAUAUUUAAUGGAUCUUGCUACAAAAAGAAUGCAUGCCACUAAGUGA